CCAGCCCCAGUCGGAUUCCUCGCCCGAGUCCAAGGCCGCUGCGCCGGCCCGGUGUCCCUUUUGCGCCCGCGCCCUGCGCGGCACCGCCGGAGUCCGGCUUGCCCCGAGGCGCUGCGGCAGGGACCCUAGGAGCUGCCCAGGUGCCCAGCCAGCCCUCUGCUGCCUUGCCUCAGCCUCCUCUCCCUGGGACAGCGGCCACCAUGUUGUCGUGUGUGAAGCCCUAUGAGGACCAGAACUACUCGGCUCUGAAGCGGGCCUGUCUGCGCAGGAAGGUGCUCUUUGAGGACCCCCACUUCCCGGCCACCGACGACUCGCUCUACUAUAAGGGUGCACUGGGGCCCACUGUCACAUGGAAGCGGCCCAAGGACAUCUGCAAGGAUCCCCGCCUCUUUGUGGAUGGCAUCAGCUCCCACGACCUGCACCAGGGCCAGGUGGGCAACUGUUGGUUCGUGGCGGCCUGCUCGUCGCUCGCCUCCCGCGAGUCGCUAUGGCAAAAGGUCAUCCCAGACUGGAAGGAGCAGGAGUGGGACCCUGAGAAGCCCAGUGCCUACGCGGGCAUCUUCCAUUUCCACUUCUGGCGCUUCGGGGAGUGGGUGGAUGUGGUCAUUGAUGACCGACUGCCCACGGUCAACAACCAGCUCAUCUACUGCCACUCCAGCUCCCUCAAUGAGUUCUGGUGUGCCCUGGUAGAGAAGGCCUAUGCCAAGCUGGCAGGCUGUUACCAGGCUCUGGAUGGAGGCAACACAGCUGAUGCACUGGUAGACUUCACAGGUGGCGUUUCUGAGCCCAUCGACCUGACCGAGGAUGACUUCGCCAAUGAUGAGGCCAAGAGGAACGAGCUCUUCGAGCGCAUGUUGAAGGUGCACAGCCGGGGAGGCCUCAUCAGUGCCUCCAUCAAGGCAGUGACAGCGGCUGACAUGGAGGCCCGCCUGGCGUGCGGCCUGGUGAAGGGCCAUGCAUAUGCCAUCACCGAUGUGCGGAAAGUGCGCCUGGGCCACGGCCUGCUGGCCUUCUUCAAGUCGGAGAAGCUAGACAUGAUCCGCCUGCGCAACCCUUGGGGCGAGCGGGAGUGGAAUGGGCCCUGGAGUGACACAUCAGAGGAGUGGCAGAAAGUGAGCAAGAGUGAGCGGGAGAAGAUGGGCAUGACCGUGCGGGAUGAUGGCGAGUUCUGGAUGACCUUUGAGGAUGUGUGCCGAUACUUCACCGACAUCAUCAAGUGCCGCCUGAUCAACACGUCCCACCUGAGCAUCCACAAGACGUGGGAGGAGGCCCAGCUGCGCGGCACCUGGACAAAGCACGAGGACCCACAGCUGAACCGCAGCGGGGGCUGCAUCAACCACAGGAACACCUUCUUUCAGAACCCACAGUACAUCUUCGAUAUCAAGAAACCAGAGGAUGAGGUACUAAUCUGCAUCCAGCAGCGGCCGAGGCGGUCCACCCGCCGGGAGGGCAAGGGUGAGAACCUGGCCAUUGGAUUCAACGUCUACAAGGUGGAAGAGAACCGCCAGUACCGCAUGCACAGCCUUCAGCAUCAGGCCGCCAGCUCCAUCUACAUCAACUCACGCAGUGUCUUCCUGCGUACUGACCAGCCUGAGGGCCGCUAUGUCAUCAUCCCCACCACCUUCGAGCCAGGCCACACGGGCGAGUUCCUGCUCCGGGUCUUCACUGAUGUGCCCUCCAACUGCCAGGAGCUGCGCCUGGACAAGCCCCCGCAUUCCUGCUGGAGCUCCCUGUGUGGCUACCCCCAGCUCAUGACACAGGUGCAUGUUCUGGGGGCUUUUGGCCUCACAGACUCCCCGACAGGGGCUAACUCUUACGUGAUCAUCAAGUGUGAGGGGGACAAAGUCCGUUCCACUGUGCAGAAAGGCACCUCAAAGCCUGAGUAUAAUGUGAAAGGCGUCUUCUACCGCAAGAAGCCAGGCCAGCCCAUCACUGUCCAGGUCUGGAACCACAGAGUCCUGAAAGAUGAGUUUCUGGGCCAGGUGCACCUGAAGGCUGACCCAGAUGAUGUCCAGGCCCUGCACACCCUUUCCCUCCAAGAUGGCAACAGCCAGGAGUCUGGCAUCAUUGCUGUGAAAGUCCUCAGCAGUGCCUCCCUCACAGCUGUCUGAUACCCACCCUCCUACCUGCCCCAGCACUUCUUACCAUUAUGUGUAUGUCCCCACCAGGCCGGUGACUAGCCUGGGAACCCAGACACUGGGGUCCUCUCCGCAUCUCUUCCUCUGACUCACUAUGUGACCUUGGGAGGUCUGUGUUUCUCAGUGUCCUGAGGGCUCUAAAGCCCUCCCUUCUCAUGGAGGAGUCUUCUUGCCUGAGAUUUAAAAUGGCCCUCACUACCCCACCUGUCACCUCUGCUAAGAGACUCAAUUCGCUGAAAACAUUUUCCCAAGCCCUGCUGCCGACGGAGUGCCAAGAUGUCACUUGUUUACAUACAAACUGCCAUGUCCCUGAGCCCCACUCUGGCUCCUUGUGUCCUGGUCCAACCACAGUCUCCCAGUCACCUGGUUCUGUAGCCAUCUGGAAAGGGUUCUUAGUAGCCACUGGGCCCCUGCUCAGGCUGGAAUUCGGCAAAUGUGCAGGUGAUGUUUCUUCACCCUCCAAACCUGUCCACUCAUCCAUCCAUGGAUUCAUUCAACAGAGAUUUGCCAAAUGAAUAAAUGAUGCUCAUGAGGCCCCAGGUGGAGCUGAGCCUCUACCCCUGCAGCUCUGGGAAACCCAGUGCAGCCGCCGUGGCCACGCCGCUGCUCUCAGGUCCUCCUCUCAGGUGGAAGCCCAGGGGAGCUGCAGCCAGGUUCUGAUUUCAUUCCCAGCCUCUGGGUGAAGGCCCCCAAGAGGUGGUAACAGUAGUGGCAAGGAAGGGCGGCUCUUCCUGCCUUCACUGCCCUGAAGCCAGAGGGCAUGUGCACGGUUUAAUGGACUAGGGGCCAGGAGGGUGGAGGUACAAGGGGACCUGAGAGGGUCCCCUCUGCUGUGAGACCCAGGCUUUUUCUGGGAGAAAGGACUCUGGGGUGGGUGGUUUCAGGCCUGCUGAGGUCACAUGACAGGAGAUAGGCAAAUCUGUCAGCUGACCAGAGGCACCUCUGCCAACAUUCCCCCAAACACGGCCAAAGAGGCUACAGGCUCCUUCUUGCUACCCAGACCAAAAUGUUCCUUUCGGUCUUCAAAGUUUUAUAUCCUUUCUGUUCUGAAAAUCUGUUUUAACCACGGGUUUUUCAAGAAAAACUGAAAGCCUGGAUCUGUUUUUUCUCCCUGAACUCCUGUUUUCUGGACAUCUCGUUAUAUUUGAUUACACUUGGGUGGGCCAUGGAAGAAGUCGUCACCUUCUCAGAGGAGGUCUGGAGGUGAAUGAAGAGACAUUUGGUACUGGGGGCUUUUGCAUGCUGGCACUGACUUCCUGGGGUCUUCUUGUUGCAUGUUGGAGCCAUAACUAGCUUCGGGUCUCUUCUGUGCUGUCUUGGGCUCUCAGGCCAGGUGAAGUAAAUUAAAAAGUACAGUUGGCUCCUGAACACAAAAUCCUGUGGCUCUUGCCCAGAAGUUCCUUUGGGAACCUGAGUUUUUGCCUCCAGAUCUCGCUGUUUGGGUCCCGUGCCCUGGCUGGAAGUGCUGGAUUCUCUGACUUUGCCUCCUCACUCUGUGUCCACUUCUGCUCCUGCGUCCUGACCCUGGGCCACAUGAGGGGUCAGGAACUGAAAGACACCCAAGGACUUCACUUGAGAGCCUGAGCCUGGAGCCGGCACUCUGAGCAUGACCAGGGCCAAGUCACUUAAACCUCUUGUGCCUCGAUGUCCCCCUUCAGCAAAGUGGGGCCAAUGAUCCUUGCUUGUCAAGCACUCUAACUAACAAGUGCUGAAUAAGGGCAAAACAAUACUCCUUUCUCUAUGUAUCUGUAUACGUUACACGCUAUAUACACGUUAAUGUAAUCACCACUUCUCAAUGUCCAUUUUACAUUAAGAAUCCUGAGAGAGGGUGGAAAAAUGGAGAGGUAAGGCCAGGUAAACCACCUUUGGGGCCUCUGGGGCUGACACAUGGGGUCUUUGGUUAGCCAUGUCCACCAGGACAGCUGGCAGAGCUGCGUGGGCUUUAGCCUGGUGGCUGGUCACUGCCUCCACCCCAGUCGGCUCUGCAGCCUUGCCUGUGCUCUCUGCCUCUGGGUGGGUCAGGCUGUCUCCUGGCUGCUGUGGAGAUCCAGGCCGGGACUGGAUGGUGGUUGGGGAGAGCCAUUGCUCUGUUAGCGUGACGCACCCUUCAGCCCAGGGGGCCAAGAGAAUCCCCAGUCUUGUUCUGUUCUUGGAAUAAAUGUAACCGAAAUCCCAGAAAGACAUUCCCGUGUCUGUCUGUUC